ACAGGAAACGUUUAAUAUAUGGUAGCUACUACAAACUCGGUUAUUUCCAUGUAGCUUUCCAUGUCUACAUGGAGGGAGAAAAUGAGCAGAUGUCCAUUAUAGUUUAGCUAUUACAGUUUUCACUCUAAAGUAAAAAAGGCAUUUAGAUUUAUAUGUCUUCUGGGAGUUUGGUUCUUCUGACUCCCUUCAUCUGUGAGACCAUAGGUACUUUUAUGUAAUAUGAUAAAAAUUAUUAGAAAAAGAAAAAAAUGGCCAGGUGCAGUGGCUCACACCUGUAAUCCCAGCACUUUGGGAGGCCAAGGCAAGCAGAUCAUCUGAGGUUGAGAGUUUGAGACCAGCCUGACCAACAUGGAGAAACCCCUGUCUCUACUAAAAAUACAAAAUUAGCAGGGUAUGGUGGUGCAUGCUUGUAAUCCCAGCUACUUGGGAGGCUAAGGUAGGAGUAUCGCUUCAACUCGGGGGGGCGGAGGUUGCGGUGAGCCAAGAUCGCACCAUUGCACUCCAGCCUGGGCAAUAAGAGCGAAACUCUGUCUCAAAAAAGAAAAAAAAAAACUAAAAAGGAAAAAAAGGCCGGGCACAGUGGCUUACGCCUGUAAUCCCAGCACUUUGGGAGGCCGAGGCAGGUGGAUCACAAGGUCAGGCGAUCAAGACCAUCCUGGCCAACAUGGUGAAACCCCGUCUCUACUGAAAAUACAAAAAUUAGCUGGAUGUGGUGGCGCACACCUGUAAUCCCAGCUAUUCAGGAAGCUGAGGCAGGAGAAUUGCUUGAACCUAGGAGGCAGAGGUUGCAGUGAGCCGAGACAGCACCACUGCACUCCAGCCUGGCGACAGAGCAAGACUCCAUCUCAAACACAAAAAACAAACAAAAAAAGGGAAAUAAAGAUAUAUGCAAAGUACAAUCCCUCAAAUUUUUAUUAGACCCACAGAAAUAAAAUUAGUCUGUUAAAUUGCUAUAAGUUUCUAAAUUCUUACUUUCUGUAAACGCCUUGUCAUGGAUGUGUAACAAAGGGCUUACAGACUGGCACUGCCCUGUGGACCAUACUUUUGGUGAGACUGCUCUAGAGCGCUGACAAAAAUCAGACUUUGAAUCCACAGGGCUGAAGUCAAAGCAACUGAAGAGUGUCCUGACUCACCAGCUGGCCACCUAGUGGCCUCUUUCUACUCAUAAGCACAAUGUUGUGUCACUCCUUAGUUCAAAAACCAUCCAUUGUUCUGCCUGACUCAAGGGUAAAAUCUCAGUCCUUUAAUCUGACAUCCAAGGCCUUCCAGAGCUGGUUCUAAACAACUUUUUUAGCCUGACUUUCCACUAUCCUCUAUUUCACUAGACUGCAUUGUCCAAUAUGGUAACAACUUGUCCCACUUGAAAUGCAGGAAGUGAAAUGAGGCUAAUUUAGGAACUGAAUUCAUAAUCCUAACUUUAAUUUAAAAUAAAAUUUAAAAAUAUACACGAUUCGAUUACCGUAAAACUUUUAAGUAUGCUUGGAACGACUUGGGUAUGUGAAUCUGUUUUUUCAGCUGGAAAUUUUAUGAAAUCAAGUACUGAGAUAUGCUAUAAGUAUAAAAUACACACCAGAUUUCAAAUGCUUAGUUAUGAGAAAGAUAAUGUAAAAUAUUUUUAAUAUUUAGUAAUUUUUUUAUAUUGAUCACAUGUGAAAUAAUAUUUAGAUAUACUAGGUUAAAUAAAAGGCAUAAUUAAAAUUAAUUCCCCCUAGACAACAUGCCCCAAACCUAGGCAUCACCAUUGAUUCCUCCCUUUCCUCAUUUAAUUGGUAAGCAAAAUAGGUCAGCUUUUUGGAUCCAUCCACUUUCCUCAUCUCUACUGCUACUAUCCUAGUCCAUGAUACUCCAUUUUUUUUUUUUUCUGAAACGGAGUCCCGCUCUGUCACCCAGGCUGGAGUGCAGUGGUACGAUCUCGGCUCACUGCAAGCCCUGCCUCGCGGGUUCACGCCAUUAUCCUGCCUCAGCCUCCCAAGCAGCUGGGACUACAGCCACCUACCACCACGCCUGGCUAAUUUUUUUUUAAUUUUUUAUUUUGAGUAGAGACGGGGUUUCACUGUGUUAGCCAGGAUGGUCUCAAUCUCCUGACCUUUUGUUCCUCCCACCUCGGCCUCCCAAAGUGCUGGGAUUACAGGCCUGAGCCACCGCGCCCGGCCAGAUACUCCAUUUCUUAAAUCCUUCAAUGGCUUCCAGUGCACUUCACCUUCUUAUUGAGGCUAAAGACUUCACCUCCUAUCAUUCCUUCUUUUGGUCACUAGAUUUCGGAUACACUGACCUUGCUGUUCCCUAAACACAACAAACUUUUCACCUUAGGGCCUUUGCUCAGCUAUUCCCUUUGGUCUCACACUGUUCUUGUCCUAAUACCUUCUCAGUGAGGUCAUCUCUGAUCAACCAACCACCAAAAGUUUGCUCUCUUUUCCCCAGAGUAACACUUUAUCCAAUCAGCCUUUAAUUUUCUUCACAAACUCUUUUUUUUUUUUUUUUGAGACAGAGUCUCGUUCUGACGCCCAGGCUGGAGUGCAGUGGCGUGAUCUCGGCUCACUGCAGCCUCUGCGUCUGGGUUCAAACUAUUCUUCUGCCUCAGACCCCGCAGUAGCUGCAAUUACAGGAGUGUGCCACCGUGCCCGGCUAAUUUUUGUAUUUUUAGUAGAGACGGGGUUUUGCCAUGUUGGCCAGGCUGCUCUCUAACUCCUGAACUCAGGAGAUCCACCCACCUCGGCCUCCCAAACUGCUGGGAUUACUGGCAUGAGCCACUGCACCCGGCCUUCUUCACAAAUUUAUGGGAUAUUCUCUCUCAUUUUAAAAACUUGUUUAUACGCUGUUUCCCUCUAAAAACAGGAGUAGGAACCAUUUGUUUUGCUGCUGCUUUACCUAUUUCAGUGUGUAGAACAGUACCAGGCACAGAGUAGGUGCUCUUCCAACAGUGCUGAAUGAAUAUCUAAUUUCUGACUACACGUCUGCCUGGUUGGCUCACAGGCACUUCAAAUUUUACAUGGUCAAAACAGAGACUUCUUUCUUCCCUAACAUAUAUUCUCUUAUUUUGUUUCUAAUCUCAGUGAAGACAUUACUAUUCUCCUAGCUGCUCCACCAACUCACUUGGGAGUCACCUCUGACAUCUAUCUCCCUCAGUCAUUUUCAGUUAACCAAAUCUCCCAAUAACCACUUUAUUUUCUUCACACCUACCUGCCAUCAACUCAGUCCAAGUCAUUACUGGCUCACAGCCACUGUUUACUCCAAACUCUUCUGUUUACCUCAAAUUUUUGUGUAACAGUGAUCUGUCUAAAACGAAUUCAAUCCUAUGAUUCUUCUUCUUAAAAUCUUUCAGUAUCUUCCUCCUGGCUCUCAGAAGCUGACUUCUGCACAUAGCAUUCAAGGCCUUACAAGUAUACCUCCAGCACUGUCUUCUUUACCCAACAAUCUCUCUAGUGUUUGCCUCCAAACAUCUGUACUUACUGCUUCUUAUCUAGAAGGUCUUCCAUAAUACCCUUAUUAAAGUUAAUUGCUUCUCUAGUCCCAUUCCAUUUUAUUCCUCCCUCUUGGUUUAGUAAGGGGUUCCUCCUUUAUUUGAUUCCACAGCAUUAAGUAGCUUCACUCUCAUCAUACUGAUGAUGCCUAUUUACUUGUCUACGUUCUACAGCCUAAGAUUAAUGGGGGCAACGAUUCUGUAACAAUUAGCUGAAUGUUCACUCAAAUAAACAAUGCUCAUUCAAAUAAUGCUACAGAAAAACAGAAUUUUGACAAAUUUCUAUUAACUGAAAAAAUGAAAACAUUAAAUCAAAAGAAAACAUACCCUAUGUUUCCUAUACUUUUUUUCUAUUUUAGGCACAAUGCUUUAAUAAAUUACGCAAUGACUACAAACCUUUAUUACAUCAAUUGUUACAAAAUGCUAAGUGGAUAAAGAUUACUUAUCUGAAGCUGCACAAAAUCAGUGGGCAAUAUGGAUUUCAUUUAAGCUUGUCAAUUCUCCUGGAUUAAAUUCUUGGCGCUGUCUCACAUAUUCCCAAGUCCUACACGUAGGAUGCUAGAAGUUGCAGUUACUAGGUUGGGAAAGCCAUGCCCAGACGCCCCUGUGAAAAACGUAUCAAUAUAUUAAGUUCCUUAGCAAAUCGCAUCUAGAUUAAGUUCAUAAGGCUUUUUUUUUUUUUUAACUUUGCAAAUCUCCUAACUUUUGCUACUUUCUUAAUAAAAUACAACAAAAUUUUUGACAUUCCAGCCACGGAAAAACAGAUCUCUACCUCUGAGGUGGCAGUAAUCCAAGCAGUUAUUAGGAUCUAAGAAAUACGAGGCAUAAUUAGAAUGUUGGGGAAAAAAUCUACAGAAAUAUGUAUAUCUUCGUCAUGAACCUGACUGUUGAGUUUAUGAAAAAGUAGAAAAGGAACCUCACUCGUUCCUUCCCUGGUACCUUCACAGCGUCUCCCGUCCCAGUCUGCCUAGUUGAAUCUAGGGACACUUAAAGGUAAAUCCUAGCCUCUUGGCUGUCCUUCCGUCUCCCAGGAUUCUGCUAGGCCGCUCAGUUGGCAAGCUUAAACUCCAAAGAUUCCGCACUCUCCGUCUUUCAACAGUCAUGUCACAGAGACACGAAGGUUAGCACACGAACAUUAGUUUCCAAACUCCUACCCACCGCAGAACAGGCGGGAAGGUUCGGCGGCCACCCGGCCUCUCCGCCGCGCACAUGGCCGUCCGCGGCUCCCACCCCCGCUGCCGCGCAGGCGCCGGGCGAGCCGGGACUUGCGGUCGCCGAGAGCGGAUCAUUCCGCCGCUUUCUUUGUGUGGCUGAAGCGCUAGAAAUGGCAUAUUUUCUUUCCCUUCGUUAAAAAAUCAGACCCCCUUUCCCCUCUCUCCCCGCGGGAACACAGCUAGGGAGUGGGUAGGAGCAGGAUCUGCUGACGACUGCAGAGGCGGAAAAUCCUCGGGCGAGGAGCUGAAGAGGGCCGGGUCCGGGAGGGAUGCUGGGAGCUUGACUCACUCGCACACCAUGUGUCCCUCCGCGCGCAACACGGGGGACUUUUCGGUGGGGAUUUUGGGCGCCGACCAGACGCGGCAUUUUCGGAAAAUAGCGCCCUGUGCAGCUGAAGCGCUUUGUGUGUAGCGGGGCCGCGUCAGCCCGGCCGGGUACGAGGCGCCUCGGGUCCCCGCACCACCUCCUGCUGCCUUCCCGUCGCCGCUCCCGAAGCUUUUCCAGGUCACAGCAUAUUUGUGGAGGAAGAUGUCCCUGGUAGAUUUGGGAAAGAAGCUUUUAGAAGCGGCACGAGCAGGUCAAGAUGAUGAAGUUCGUAUUUUGAUGGCAAAUGGAGCUCCUUUUACUACAGACUGGCUGGGAACUUCUCCACUUCAUCUAGCAGCACAGUAUGGUCAUUAUUCCACCACAGAGGUACUGCUGCGAGCUGGUGUGAGCAGAGAUGCCAGAACCAAAGUGGACCGAACACCAUUACAUAUGGCAGCUUCUGAGGGCCAUGCCAGCAUAGUAGAGGUUUUACUUAAGCAUGGUGCUGAUGUCAAUGCAAAGGACAUGUUAAAGAUGACAGCUCUCCACUGGGCCACAGAACACAAUCAUCAAGAGGUGGUGGAACUUUUAAUUAAAUAUGGUGCUGACGUACACACGCAAAGUAAAUUUUGUAAAACUGCGUUUGAUAUUUCAAUAGACAAUGGAAAUGAAGAUUUAGCAGAGAUAUUACAGAUUGCUAUGCAGAACCAAAUCAACACAAACCCAGAGAGUCCUGACACUGUGACAAUACAUGCUGCAACACCACAGUUUAUCAUUGGACCUGGAGGGGUGGUGAACCUAACAGGUCUGGUAUCUUCAGAAAAUUCAUCCAAGGCAACAGAUGAAACGGGUGUAUCUGCUGUUCAGUUUGGAAACUCUUCUACAUCAGUAUUAGCUACAUUAGCUGCCUUAGCUGAAGCAUCUGCUCCAUUGUCCAAUUCUUCAGAAACUCCAGUAGUGGCCACGGAGGAAGUAGUUACUGCAGAAUCUGUGGAUGGUGCCAUUCAGCAAGUAGUUAGUUCAGGGGGUCAGCAAGUCAUCACAAUAGUUACAGAUGGAAUUCAGCUUGGAAAUUUGCACUCUAUUCCAACCAGUGGAAUUGGUCAGCCCAUCAUUGUGACCAUGCCAGAUGGACAACAAGUAUUAACAGUACCAGCAACAGACAUUGCUGAAGAAACUGUUAUAAGUGAAGAACCACCAGCUAAGAGACAAUGUAUCGAAAUAAUUGAAAACCGGGUGGAAUCUGCAGAAAUAGAAGAGAGAGAAGCUCUUCAGAAACAGCUGGAUGAAGCAAAUCGAGAAGCACAAAAAUAUCGACAGCAGCUCCUAAAGAAAGAACAGGAAGCAGAGGCCUACAGACAGAAGUUGGAAGCUAUGACUCGUCUUCAGACUAAUAAAGAAGCUGUUUAAUUGAAACGAACAUGUAGUUUGAUUUUACUUUUGGUCGAGAAAGAAUACAAUCUUGAACUGUACACAACAAAGGUACAGCCAUGGGAAUACAGAAUGAUAGAAGAGACUACAGAUGGAUAAUUGGACUUAAGCCAUGAGCUCUGAGUUCUUGUAACAUAAAACUUUACUUUAGAAGUUGUGAAAUGUAUUUAAAACUGAAUUCUGUAAAUAGUUUUUGUUUUUUUUUACAGUUCCAAAUGAGUCGAUAAAGAUUGUUGAAGAGAUCCAAAACUACAAUAAGCGACUGUUUUUGUGAAUUCUUUUUGAUUUUAGUACAAACCUUAAUUUCUCAGAAACAGAACAGUUUUAAGGGUGAUCGUUGUUGGUUAGACCAAAUGUUGUGUAAUAAUUAUGGUGGACUGAUGCUGGAAUUACUCCUGUAGGUAUAAACCUCUAUAUGAAGAGAAGAUUUCUCCCAGGAAAUCUUUGUACAGCUUUAAGUUGUGUCAGAUUCUCUGAAAAACAUUUUUUAGAAAGCAAAAUUUUUAUAUUUGUUCAAUUUCAGCUAUAGCCAAGUAGAUUUACAUGUAUAUGAAGCAAAUAUUUUUAAAAAUUUCUGUUUGUACAUAUUCUGCAUGUUUUAUAAUUUCAAAAUGCAUCACUUACAUAGGUAUUUCUCCCACAGAAAUGAUGAAAGUGACCAGAAAAAAACAAAAACAAAACCCCUUUACUCUGUAGGUCAUUGAAACUAAGUAAGCUAGCAGCUGGUUUUUUUGGAAUGACAAUGUUCUCGGAAGGAGCAGCCUACAAGAUAACUUGAAUUUGCCAAUUCUGCAAAAUCUGUGCUUUUUCAAAAAUUUAAGAGUGGGGACGUGAAACUGUAUUCUGUGCCUUCCAUCAUGAUUUCCACAUGAAAGCACUUUAAGGCACUGGAUUUUAAGAUAAUGUUUUUGGAAAACCCAAUGCAUAUGGGUUUCUGAAAUAUUUUAUGGACUUAUUUCUCCCCAGGAAAUUAUUCUUAUGGAAAAAAAUUGCUUUUGUAUGUAGAACAGGAACUUUUUGUACUACAGUGAUGCAAUAGACAUGUCUAAUGUAACUUCUACUUUUCCCUUUGAAAGCUCAGUGUCUGUGCUAUGACUUGCUCUCAUCACAAUAUUGUUGAAUUCCACAAUGUAUGGACAUUAAACACUGGCAGACUGUUCACUUUUUCUUUUUUUUUUUUUUGGUAAAACAUUACUUCAAACCUCUUUUUCUUGCUUUAUUUUCCAGUGUUUUAUUGCUUUAUGAACUGUUUAACCCUGAAAUCCCUCUAGGUUAUCUAUACUGUAUAAAAAAGCAAUUACCCUUAAAACUGUACUCUGGUCUACUUUUCUAUUUUGCAAUUAAAUAUCUUUUUCACAUA